AUGGCGAGUUUUGAAACGGUGGUGCAUCAUCAAGCAAAACCAGUAUGUCUUCGUCGAGCUGCUCCUCUAACAUCAUCUGCUGUGAAGGUUCACUGGCAGCUGACGUUCCAGGUGUUGGAGAAAUCGGACUUUUGUAAACCUACGGUUGCAGUGACUGUGGUGCCAUUCUCGACACCGGUAAUUUUUGGGAACGUCGGCGGUAGAGAACCAAUUCCUGGAGAACCAUUUCCUGGCAAGACGGGCAUAUGCAGGUUAACCUCCCCAUCAGCCAGAAAAGGAGACUCUGCGCACGACGCUGGCGAUAAAGCGUGGCACGUCCUCAGCAAAUGCAGCGGUGAAUCUGCAGCAAACAGUCCUUAUUAG